GCUGUGUUUUGACACGUGGGGUGUGGGACGCUCUGUGAUGACGUCAUGCAGGCUGGUCUGGAAGUCUUGGCUGCCGCUGAGCCGGGUGCACAGAGGUGUGAGGAGGAGAAGAGAGGCGAGGGGAGCCCGGACCCAUUUCCAGACUGAGGGGGUCACAGCCUGUGUGUGCCAGGAGCGCUGCCCGGGACUCUGCAUUCCAUAUACAGCUCUCAUUGUGCCACUCUGCACGCUGCUCUGAAACUUAGACCGACUUCUGUUCUUCCUCUGUCUGUCCAUUCCUGUACACAGAGCCCCAAUCUCCCCUGAGACCCCCAGCCUGCCCAGAAAUUGCUAACUUUCCCAGAGAGCUCCCAGCCUGCCCAGAAAUUGCUAGCUUUCCCAGAGAGCUCCCAGCCUGCCCAGAAAUUGCUAGCUUUCCCAGAGAGCUCCCAGCCAGCCUGCCCCAGAAAUUGCCAGCUUUCCCAGAGAGCUCCCAGCCUGCCCAGAAAUUGCCAGCUUUCCCAGAGAGCUCCCAGUCAGCCCCAGAAAUUCCCGACUCCCUAGAGAUUCCCAGCCCCCCCAGAGAUCUAAAGGGAUUCCCAGUCCCCCCAGAGAUCUAAAGAGAUUCCCAGUCCCCCCAGAGAUCUAAAGAGAUUCCCAGUCCCCCCAGAGAUCUAAAGAGAUUCCCAGUCCCCCCAGAGAUCUAAAGAGAUUCCCAGUCCCCCCAGAGAUCUAAAGGGAUUCCCAGUCCCCCCAGAGAUCUAAAGGGAUUCCCAGAGAUCUAAAGGGAUUCCCAGAGAUCUAAAGGGAUUCCCAGAGAUCUAAAGGGAUUCCCAGCCCCCCCAGAGAUCUAAAGAGAUUCCCAACCUCCCUUGAGAGCCCCAGAGAUUCCCAGCCUCCCCAGGAAAUCCCUUUCUUCCCAGAGAUCUAAAAAGAUUUCCAGCCUCCCUAUAGAGCCCCAAACAUACCCAUAACCUCCAGAAAUCUAAAAGGAUUCUUGGCCUCCCCAGGGAUUCCCAGCCGUCCCAGAGAUCUAAAAAGAUUCCCGGCCUCCCUAGAGAGCCCCAGAGAUUUCCAGAGCUCUAAAAAAGAUUCACAGCCUCCCCAGAAAUCCCCAGCCUGUGUCCUGUUCCCUAUACAACCCUAUGAGCAGAUUUUUAACUUAGCUGGACUUCUGUUCUUCCUCUGUCUGUUCCUUCCCAUACACAGCCUCUACUUGUGUACAUAGGCCUUUCCUGCAUGCAUAGCCUUAUCUACAACCUGUACAUUGCCCCCAUCCACAGCCUGCUCAGACACAAUGAUCCCGCUCUCCUAGUGGUGUCUUUUCUUUUACUCCCAUCACAACUCUUCUCCAUUGUAUCCAUACUGCUCGCCAUUCCUAUACACAGAGCUCCAUCGCUCUCCAUUCCUAUACACAGAGCUCCAUCGCUCUCCAUUCCUAUACACAGAGCUCCAUUGCUCUCCAUUCCUAUAUAAUGAUCCACGUUUUCUGCACUUCUAAUCUUAUGUGAUGACACAGAGUCUUCACUCUCACGGUACGGGUUCUUACUGUCUCUGUAUUACCUCAUUCGUAGUGACUGUUAAUGGUCCGGUAUUUCUUAUGCAGCAAUCCACGUAUCCCUGAGACCAGAGCCCAGUCCAUAGACUGCCUUGGUUGUAGCUUUAUAGAUCAGUUCUUCCAUAGUGUCCUGUAGAUCUCUCCUAGUCUGCUGCACUAAUAGUAUUCCUCUGCAAUAUACAUUCCUGUACUCAGUCCGAACUGCAUGUUUCUGUACAGCUCCCUUCAUUCAUAGUGCCUUUUCAUCAUCAUUCUGUUGUCAGCUGCACCACCUUGUCCCGGAUUUAGCUUCUAAGUAGUAGCUCAAAGUGCCUACGUAUUACCAGCACAUACCUCCUCAGAGACCUCUUUUUUUAUUUUAGCAGCCUAUGAUAUGGGAAUGAUCUGAUUUUUGCAUAGUCGGUUCUUCUGAACAUACAGGCCGUUUAUAGCACAGAAUGCAUGUUGUUUAUGUCCUAUCAGUGUUAGUAGUUCAGUACUGUAGUCCAUGUACAGGUUAGGUAUACAUUGUAUGACCACAUCCUGUCCAAGAUCUUUCUAUACUAUUUCUUUGCACCGGGAGUAGCUAGCCCCCUCCUCAUUCUCUAAUUCAGCGUUGCUUUUUACAUAGAGUAAGUUUACAUAGUACUGCUCCAUCCUUGCACGCAUCGGUCCAACAUGGAAGAUUCAAACUCUAUGACAGUGGUAUCUGACCCCCAACAUGCCGCCAAGCUUCUCCGAGCUCUGAGUUCAUUCCGUGAAGAAUCCGACUUCUGUGAUGCUCUGCUUAUUGUGGAAGAACAAGAAAUUCCUGUGCAGAGGAAUAUUUUAGCAGCUGCUAGUCCCUACAUUAGAGCCAAACUCAACUACAACCCUCCGAAAGACGAUGGGUCCAUCUACCGCAUUCAGAUGGAAGGCAUUUCAGUGACCAUUAUGAAAGAGAUCCUAGACUACAUUUUUAGUGGACAGGUCAGGCUGAGUGAAGAAACCAUCCAGGAUGUGGUACAAGCAGCAGAUCUUUUAUUGCUUACCGAUCUCAAAACCUUGUGCUGCGAGUUCUUGGAGGGCUGCAUUACCGCUGAAAACUGCAUCGGCAUCCGAGACUUUGCACUGCAUUACUGCUUGAACCACGUGUAUUACCUCGCCACCGAGUACCUGGAAACCCACUUCAGAGAUGUCAGCUGCACCGAGGAGUUUUUAGAACUUAACCCAAAUAAACUCAAAGAGGUCCUAUCCCUAGAGAAGCUUAAUGUAGGCAAUGAAAAAUACGUGUUUGAAGCAGUGAUACGCUGGAUUGGCCAUGAUUCCGAAGUGAGGAAGGUUUACAUGAGGGAUGUAAGCUCGGCCUUGUGGGUGAGUGGUUUGGACUCCAGCUACCUCCGCGAACAAAUGCUGAACGAGCCACUGGUACGAGAAAUGGUCCGAGAAUGCACCAACAUUCCCCUGAGUCAGCCUCAGCAAGGAGAGGCUGUCCUGGCCUCCUUCAAGCCCAGAGGCUAUUCAGAAUGCAUUGUGACAGCGGGUGGAGAGGAACGAGUGUCUCGGAAGCCAUUGGCCAAUGUUCGUUGUAUGUGCCCUCUAUAUGAUCGGAACAGACAAUUAUGGAUUGAGCUGGCACCUCUAAGCUUACCAAGAAUCAAUCAUGGGGUUUUAUCUGCAGAGGGUUUUUUGUUUGUUCUUGGAGGACAGAAUGAAAACGGCGAUACUCUGAGUUCUGGGGAGCAGUAUGAUCCAGAUGCCAAUGCCUGGAGCCCACUACCACCUAUGCUUGAGGAAAGGCACAGUUUUGGUGUUGUAGAAAUUGAUGGCGUAGUCUAUGUUCUGGGAGGAGAGGAUGGGGAUCGUGAGUUAAUCUCUAUGGAGUCCUAUGACACCUGUACGAAAUCCUGGCGCAAGCAGCAAAAUAUGACUAUGGUCAGAAAGAUUGGCUGCUAUGCCACAAUGAAGAAGAAAAUCUAUGCAAUGGGAGGAGGAUCGUAUGGAAAGCUUUUUGAGUCCGUUGAGUGUUAUGAUUCCAAAACGCAGCAGUGGACAGCAAUAUGCCCCCUGAAAGAAAGAAGGUUUGGCGCAGUAGCAUGUGGGGUCGGUAUGGAACUUUAUGUCUUUGGUGGAGUCAGAAGUCGGGAAAAUGAACAAAACAGUGAAAUGGUGGCUUGUAAAUCCGAAUUCUACCAUGACGACUUUAAAAGAUGGAUCUAUCUAAAUGACCAGAAUUUGUGUAUUCCAACAAGCUCUUCCUUUGUCUAUGGAGCAGUGCCUAUUGGAGCGAGUAUAUAUGUCAUUGGAGACCUUGACACGGGUACAAGUUAUGACUACGUGAGAGAAUUUAAGAGGAGCACGGGCACCUGGCAUCACACCAAACCUUUAUUCCCCUCCGAUCUCCGACGCACAGGCUGCGCUGCAUUACGUAUCGCCAAUUGUCGCCUUUUCCGGCUGCAGCUUCAGCAGGGACUCUUCCGCAUCCGGGUCACACCCUCAUGAGAAGCUUGGGUCGUUUUACUAUGUAAAACAGCAGGCUGAUGCUAAAUCCUACCAAGGAAUAUAUCACCUUGCAGCCUACAUAUGCACCCGGUAUGUACUGCAGGCCUGUAAAGCACCGUUUUAUGUUUGUGAUGUCAAAGUCUGAUCAAAGAAAAAAAAA